AUGGAUAGUCUGUGUUGUUUCAGUGCUUCUUGCUGUCAGGUGGCAGGAGGAAAUUCGACUACCUCUGGAAAGGGAAGUAGCUCCAGAGGGCAUGUUAAGUAUGGAUUUAGUUUAGUGAAGGGAAAAGCAAAUCAUCCAAUGGAGGAUUACCAUGUUGCUAAAUUUGUCCAAUUCCAAGGUCGUGAGCUGGGGCUUUUCGCCAUAUACGAUGGCCAUCUUGGAGAUAGUGUGCCAGCUUACUUGCAAAAGCAUUUAUUUUCAAAUAUACUAGAGGAGGAAGACUUUCUGAGAGACCCGAGCCGGGCUAUUGCCAAAGCAUACGAGACGACUGACCAAGCAAUCCUCUCCCACAGCCGUGACUUGGGCCGAGGUGGGUCCACAGCUGUGACCGCCAUUCUCAUAAACGCCCGCCAUUUGUGGGUGGCCAACGUUGGGGACUCGCGGGCCGUGCUUUCCAAAAGGGGCCAGGCUAUAGAAAUGACGGUUGACCACGAGCCCAAUACCGAGAGAGGUAGCAUUGAAGACAGAGGUGGAUUUGUCUCAAAUUUGCCAGGGGACGUUGCAAGAGUGAACGGGCAAUUGGCGGUCUCGCGUGCCUUUGGUGAUAAGAACUUGAAGACACACUUGUCCUCCGAGCCUGACAUGACCAAUGCCGAGAUCGAUACCGACACUGAUCUUCUUAUUCUAGCUAGUGAUGGUUUAUGGAAGGUGAUGUCUAGUCAGGAGGCUGUUGAUUUUGUGAAGAAGACGAGGGAUCCACACAAGGCAGCCAACCAACUGGUGAUCGAGGCAUUGAACAGAGACAGCAAGGAUGAUAUCUCUUGCAUAGUCGUACGUUUCUGA